UUACAUUCGCCAGAUGAUCGAACUCAGCAGCUGUGAUCCUAUUAACCACGAUGACCUACAGGAACCUCUUGCGUCUUUUCCUCGCAUCUCCGAACCUCUGUCUUACGACGAGUUCUUCAGGGAGUUUUUAGAGAAAAAUCGACCAUGUGUAUUCUCCAGCAGCUUCACGCAGGAAUGGCGAGCGAGAGACGACUGGGUCACACCCUCGAACACUCCCGAUGUGGAGUUCCUGAGAAACCAUUUCGGUGAUGGUGAAGUUCCUGUUGCUGACUGUGAUCAAAAGCAUUAUGAUUCUCAAGAAAAGAAAACUUACAAAUUAAGAGACUACAUAGAUUACUGGCAUAGCCUUAGGGAUCCUUGUUUGGGGAAGAAAAGUUGCCUUUAUCUAAAGGAUUGGCACUUUGUUCGAGACUUCCCUGCUUACAAAGCUUACUCGACACUUCAGUAUUUUUCAUCAGAUUGGCUAAAUGAGUUUUGGCAUGUACGUAGUGAUAUUAAGGAUGACUACCAAUUUGUAUACAUGGGACCUAAAGGAAGUUGGACACCCUUCCAUGCAGACGUAUUUCGAUCAUACAGCUGGUCUGCUAAUGUGUGUGGACGGAAACGUUGGGUAUUUUACCCCCCUGGUGAGGACCAGUUUCUACGUGACCCAUUUGGCACUCCUGUAUAUGAUGUUGAUUCUCCUGAAUUAAAAGAUAUUAGCAAAUACCCAAAUGCAGCUUCAGCCAAGGGCCGGAUAGAAGUUAUCCAGGAACAAGGGGAAACAAUCUUUGUGCCCUCUAGUUGGCACCAUCAAGUGUGGAAUUUGGAAGAUACAAUAUCAAUCAACCACAAUUGGCUCAAUGGAACCAAUCUCCACAGAGCAUGGUACUUUUUGGUUGAGUCUCUACAGCAGGUGGAGUAUGCCAUAAGGGACUGCAGUGACAUGGAUGAUUGGACAGGGCAGUGCCAGCUUCUUUUACAUGCUACACAUGGCAUGGAUUACCAUGAAUUCUAUACUUUUCUUCAAACUAUUGCCAGAAGAAGGAUUGAGACUCUCACUGGCAAGAAAACACAUCUCAGCUUUGGGAUUUGGGAGACUGGCAAGAAUCACAUCUUGUAUGACUUGAAGAAAAUCCAGUGGUGUUUGGAACAGCUGUUGGACGACGAGCGGCUCGACACAAUCAAGGGAUUCUCCGAUACAGAAAAUCAUCCUUCAGUUCUCCUUGAUCAAGUUGUGAAUGUGCUUUCGUGAUUUCUUUUCUUUACAUUUUUUUUUUUUUUUUUAAUUUAAAGACUCAUUUUCAAAACUUUAUAUUCAAGAGUAGUUUUCAUUACAGAUAUAUAUUGGAAUUACCUCUUGUAUUUUCAUAAGCUGGUAUAUAUAACCUGCAGUACCAUUAUACAGUACCGUUUAUUUGCACUACUUUUGCUCAAAAAAACAAAACAAACAAACUGGAGUAUACCUUCUUCCUGGGAUAUGACUUAUACACAAAGCUACUCCUAUAAAAGUAGUAUAGAUAACAUACUAAUUGAUUGGCUGUAAUGUGGCUUUCAAGAAAGACUAUAAUACUCUGACUGUAUAGUUUAAGGUACUGAAAGUAAAGCAAAGAAUUUAGAGAGUAUUUGAGGAUUAUUGUCCACCUUGUAAAGCAUUUUUUAUAUUUCUGAAAAAAGUAUUAGUGAAAGAUAGAAUUCAGGUAUUAAAAUGAAUGGAAGAAUGAAUGUUUUUUUUUUACUAAAACAUAAUUAAUAUGAUAAGUCAGCAACCAGAGAAUGUUUAGGAUAUUAUAAGAGAAUAAAUGUUGAGUACAAAUGAGAAACAGGCUACUAGUGUAGUCAGCAUUUGCUAGAGAUGCAUUUUUUAAAGGCAUUACUUUUUGUUACUUAGGUAUUUGUUAUUGACAAUAACAGUGUCUUACUUCAUGUCAGUACAUCUAAGAACUGCAUCAGAGACAGUGUAGUUAGUGUUAUACUGAGAGAUUCAUUCCUUCAAUGGACUGAAUUCCAUAAUUACAUGAUACUGUAUCAGUAUCUGUAGGUAUUUAUUAAUUCAUUAGAUUAUUAUAAUUCAGUUAUUAUUUAUUGGAUAUUAUGGUCUGUGAAAUACAACUGGUAAUAAUAUAUGUACAUAAUAAGAUUCCUAGGAAGUUCAGUGUUUAGUUAUGCAUUUGGAAGUAAUGGGGCUAAUUCACCAAAAGUUAGUGUUUAAGAAAUUAUAAUCAAAGUUUAGCUCCUACAGUAACAUUGUACAUAUUUAUACUCAUAUUCAUUUGUGUAGCAGAUUGCAGUUAUGUAAGAGAAACUAUUAUAUUUUGUAUUCUGGUCUCUGGAACAUUUUCUCUAUGAGUCAGAUGUGAUGGGUUCACCCCUUUGCUUCCAAACACCUCAUUUUUGCUUUCACAGUUUAUUAGAGAAGAUAUAGCUUUAAUAUAAAGCUCGUAACAGCUUUUUGCCUUAGAGAACUUCUUUUCUUGUUGAUGUUAGCUGACAGUUGGUUCCUUCAUUUCUCCUAAGGGUUCUGUCUAGUUUGUACUCUAGUACAGCAAAAUAUAAUUAAGUCCUUUCGUACUCUUGUGAUAUCAGCUAAUUUAUUUACUUGCUUGCAGAGAUCUACUAAGGACUGUUUAAUUUAACAAAACAGUUUUAUCACCACAGAUGUCACUUUUAUUCCUUUGUAUGUGGGUUUGUGUGUAUGUGUGUGUACCGGGCACGUAUUUUGUGAAUUUUGUUGCACACAGAUGGCUCCACAAGUGCUCAGCCGCCAAGUUGGUCAGUUAGUAGGCCUAAUGGUGAACUUACCAGAUUACCCUAUUCUUUGAAUAUUUGUAAAAAAAUGUUUCUUCCAGAUGUUGUUAAUAUUUUUACUGUUAUUAUUAGUAAUAACAUUUUGAUUAUGAUGUUAGAAUAUUAAUAACAGUAGAAAAUAACAAUAUUCCUCCUGAAAAUCAGGGGAAAAGGUAAACAGGUUAAAUAUGACUAGUGAUUAAGUACGUGUGGAGCCAUCUAUAUGUAAACACAAUUUAUAAGAUAAAAUCACACUAAACAUGGCAUAUGUUUCAUGCCAUCUCAGCACAAAGGGUUAAGAUUAAGACUCAAAGUGAUGCUCUUAUGUAAUGUUGAACAAACUUUGGAUCAUCAGAGACAGUGAUUCUCAACAGAAGGUAUGUAAGUUCCCAGUAACAUGGGGAAACUUAGACACAAGAGUUCUCAGAAUACUGUACCUGGGUUUGUAGUCAGGUUAAAGUUAUGGAAUCAUGCAAAGGUUGUGAUAGUUGUUGGUCAAGACAUAGAGGCCUAGCCGUACGUGAACUUUAACAAAGUAAACUAAACUUUUUCUUUAUAUAUUUAUAUAAAAAAGUUGAUGCUAUACAUAAAAUAGUUUGUCAUAUACAUAGGAAGAAAGCAUGUUGAGAACCACUGAUCUAUAGUAUCCAAAUAAUUUCAAGUAACAGAUAUUAGAUUGCAUACUCCCCAGACUGCAUCUCUGUAUUUAUGCUUUCUAAUGUCUCUGUUUGGAUUGUCAUUAUGGAUUCAGAAGGUUGUAAGUAAUAAUUUAUUGGAAACAUACCUCAUUUAGAUUGUUGAUUUGACUUGCUUCUAUUGAGGCAUUUGUUUACCAUGUUUCAAUUUUAAACAGUUGGCAAAAGUAAACCAGAUUCAUUAUUCACAUAUGGUUAUUCAUGUUAUAAUUCUUCACUCUGAAAUGUCUUAAUAAAUGCACAUUAUUUAUGAAUUUGUAUUUAUCAGUAUAGAAGUAGUGUCAUUUUCAGGUAAUUGUACAAUUGUCUAUGUAUUUACAUUAAAAUUUCUCAGUCAGAGGCAAAUAUUGUUAAUUAUGGUGUUUCUUAUAUCAGAGUAUGUAAUUUUUGUUGCUCAGAAAUGUGAAAGUAAUGUGCAAAGGCAAAUCUGAAAAUGGCUGAGGCAGCUUACACUUCAGCCUCCUGAAUUCAUAAUUUUUUUUUUUUUUAUGUUAACUAAGUCAUUUUGUGUGUUCUGUUAUAUUGUGAUAUACUUGGUUAAAUAAUACACACUAUUAUGUGUAGAUGCCUCCUUGAAAUAGCAUGGUUAAUAAGUGUAUCUUGAGCUUCCUCUUGGGAUUAAUAUAGUGCUAUUGAGUUUAAUGUUUUAUACUGAAUUAAUGAUAUCAGAGUUGUUUCAUCAGUGCAGAUGAUGCUUUUUAUGCUGCUUAGAAGAACAGGGGUAUUAGAUUUAUAUUCCUGGGUACAACUUCAACAGAUAAACCUUUGUGUGCUCUUGUCGUGAUAUUAUACUUCUGUUGUAUAGUCAGCUUAUGGAAUGUGAUAGUACUGUGUUAAGAUUUAUUUGUUUGAAGCAUCAAAGUAUGGUUUACAGUUUAUCUUUAUGAAUGGUGCUAAAGCUGUACAUACCUUGCCUUAUCUAGAUCUGCUUCCAGUAGAGGUAACAAGCUGAUGAGACUUCUACUGAAGGAGCACUGUGGAUUAAGGACAAAGGUAAAAGUACCGGGUCAUUAGACUAUUUGAGUGCAAGUGCUUUGACUUCCUGCAAUUGCCUUGAUUCCAUGAAACUCAGUUCUUUUCUUGUUGAAAAAAUAAAGUCUUCACCACUUUGGAAUGUUA